ACACAAUCCAAGGCGACCUACAAACAGGACAUCGAGGAUGGCAACAAGAAACGGCAACAAGGACAACCAAGAGCAAAGCAGCAGCAGCAGCAGUGCUGCUGCUGCAGCGACCAGCCGUGGCAGGAACGCUGUCGCUGGUGAUGCUGGUGAUGCUGGUGGUGAUGACGGACAGGGGGACGUGGCGUUGCUGGCGGGUGUGAUUGGUCAGCUGCAGCAGAGCAUUGACGCAAUGGUGGCUGCGCUUGGGCCCGCGCCUGUUCGCAGCCUGAUGCUGCCGUCCACUGCUGCUUCCGAUCUCAAGCCCGAACACAUCAUCGCCCAAGUCAGCCACCCCUUUGCCAGUCCACAACACCAAGCCAUCGCUCGCAGCACGUGCCUGCAACUGCUCUUGGAUCGCCUCCACACCUUUGCCUACUUCACGCUGACCGACUGCAAACAACGGAUUCAAGGUGCCGUGGAACAGCAUGGUUCACUGGUGUCGCCUCCAGCGUGCACUGUACCCCGGAGUGGCUUGAAGCUGACAAACAGCGCUCUCUGGGAGCUGCGGCAGUUCUGUCUUGCCUUGACAGAGUUUGUGACAAAGCUGCUCGCAACGCAGUCGGAGCUGCAGGUGCAAGCGGGUGAGCUGGCCCUGGCGCGGGAAUCAAAGCAAGAAGAAGUGAAGAUGAUGCAGCACAUCUUGGCAAACACCAACCCGGCAACAGGUGCACCUGCGUCGUCGGCGGAAGCAAACGCCAAACACAAACAGACGUGGGAAUCGCUCUUCGACAAAAUUUCGUUGGCAGCCGAGCACCGGGCGCGAGCGCUUGACGCAAACGAAACGUCCUCGUCAUCAUCAUCAGGGAAUGCGAAACACGUUGGAGUGCAGACACAUGCGCGCGAGUUCGAUGCAGAGACGGGAGAGGAGGUCGACGUGAUGGACCAGGCAGCAUCAGCGCCACCUCUCGCUGUGACGAUUAUGGAAGAUGCUGUGCACAAUCUCCUGAAUGACGCGCUUACACUCGACAUUGAGAGCGUGUUGCCGCCCGAAACGCUGCGGAUCUUUCGCUCGCGUCUUGCAUCACUACCACCAGUCAGCACCCGCGCAACGCACGCCACCCUGGCCUUCAUUGCCUCUCUACUUAAGGGAUGUCGGGCUGCGUUUGAUGAUUUGAACGCAAAGACGGUGCGCGCAUACAAGGAACGUGAUGCAGCCGUUCACCACGCAAACCAAACAGACAAACUUGUCAAGGACACGGAGGUUCGACUGCAGAGCGAGUACGAGAAGAGGAUGGACGCUGCUCGCGCACAGGCAACCGCAGAUCGGCACAAAACCAUCGAGGAGUACACCCAGAAGCUUGAGGAAGCGGAUGGCGCUGCUGCUUCGCUGAGGGAAACAAUCACUUUUUUGGAGACCGAAGUGAAUCGUCUCAAGGCCGAGCUGUCGGAUGCAAGAAAACAGGCGACAAAGAUGUCAACGAAACUGCAAGCAAAGGAGCACCUGUUGAAUGAGAUGCGAGAGGACAUGCAGGAAGUGAACACAUACAAGCAUGAUCUCCACCAGGCAAAACAGCAGGCAAAGUCGCUCGAAGAGCAGCUGUUUCAGCGCGAUGAACAAGUUGCACUGCUGACACGACAACUCACCGAUGCAACAACGGCACGAGAUGCAGCGGAAACAAAACGCGUACAGGACAUCCAGUCCAUGCAAGAGGAGCACGAGAAUGAAGUCAAUGCCCUCAACCAAGCGCACACAGAUCGCCAGAGAAAGCUGACUGAGGAGGCGGCGAAAGCGUGGCAGGAACUGGAAACCAAGCAGGACAAGGAGGAACAAUUGCUGGCACACACGCGCGAAUUGGAGGACAAAGUCGCCCAGCUCGAACAGCAGCUGCAGUGUCGGGAAGAGGAGCAAGCGGCAUCGCGGUUGGUGGCGGAGAAGCAGACGCAGCUGAUGCGGGAGGCAGCGAAAGUGCCGGCGCUCCGACAGGCGAACAUGCAAUUGGAAGAACAGUUACAGCAAUUACAGGAGCAGUUGCAGUCGUUGCACGAGAAGGCAGCGAGACGAACACCACCACCAAAACCACAAUCGCCACCACAGCCAACACCGCAGCCAAAGAAGAAGGAAGAACCGUACAAGGUGACGGAGCCAACGCCAAUGUGGCUGGAGAACUUUGACACUGAUGUCUCGUUUGAGGCGGACAUGCGCUCUCCAAUACCGCAGCAGAGCAGUCACCACAACCAUCACCAUCAAGCGCCCUCAUUGAGUCGUCAACAGACACCAGCCAAAGACAGCGCGCGUGUGCGUACUGCCGGGUCGUCGUCGUCGUCGUCGCGUCGCCCGCCGUCCCGUGAGCGGCCGGAUCCCAUUUCCUCCGAGGAGGCCUACAUGCGCAUCAUGCGCAAGUACAAACAGGGCAGUGGUGGUGGUCGCAAGAAAGGCACAUCGCCACGCAGCCGCCCAUCGACAGAGAUGAAGGGGCGAAAGCAGUCAGCACAGCCGCGUGCGCGUGCACAGGCAGGAGGACAUGAGGCAGCACUGUCGCCAUCACAGCGCAGUGGCGGCAGUGGUGGUGGUGGUGGUGACGGCCGGAGUGGUGACGGCCGGAGUGGCUUGGUGCCACGACCCCCGAGCUCACAGCGAGCGCGCGGCAGUGGCGUGCGAUCCGAGGCUGGCCUGCUGUCGUCCAAGUUCGCUGGACGAUACCUGCAGUGACGUGACACCACAUCUCCGUUCUGCGAGUCGUGUUUCGCAAUCGCUUUGCUCACGGCUGUCACAAGUGGCUUGCUUCACGCUGGUUUGUAUCACAA